AUGUCAGAUCUGACGCCAUCACGCCAGUCUUCAGACAGAACGGGCACAUUUCUCCCUGACGAUAACUCGCAGAUUGUUUCCUCAAGCACGGCAUAUUUUGAGGAGGUUUUUGAUUCGAGGGGUAGUGCAAAAAUUAGCCUUUCUAUGCAUUCACGCUCGGGAGAAAGUGCUUCAACAUGGCGAAACAUACGACAAGGUACGGAUUACCCCGAUCUGCAGAAAGAGGGUCAUGAAUCUCUAGAGUCAUUUAAUGUCACAGAGGCUGACGUUACUUCCGGGAUUCCCAUGCUACAUCCUGGAUUAAAAUAUCAUCAGCCUGCAGCAAACAUUCCUCUCCGUCCAAGAAUCCACGAUAAAAGUAGUCAGAUAUCUGUACCUCUAUACACACAGGGUUUAGCCUCAACACGAACUGGUGCUGAAACUACAGCCAGACAGCCUGAACAACUAAUGGACAUUCAGCAAAUACCACAACGCUGGUCUGUCUGGGUUAAGACAGAGCGUGAAUCGCCAGCGGUUACGGCUACUGGGCUGUAUGAUAGAUCGUUAUGUCCGCAAACUGCAGACUGCAUCGGUUCUAGGGUCUUGGCUGGUCGGUCGAACGACUUUGUUGCUCCGAGUUCGCCAGAAGUUCAAAUGGAGAAUCCGUUACCCACAAGUGAACACCCAGCUCCGUGGUUGUCGUUUACACCUGACGAUCUUUCACCGACAGUUCACAUUGUUCAGAAACUUUCACAGACAACUGUCCAUGAUAGUCCCGCUUGCAGUUCACCGGGAAUCUUGUCUCCAAGAAUCCCCAAAUCAGCCGCCCUUCAAGUUAAAAAUCCAGAACAAUCACCAUCGCUGAGCCCAGCCAGUGCCCAUAAUCAUAAACAGCUGUUUGUGUUCCCAGAUUUAAGCCAGGCCGUUUCGAAUUCCAAACAGCCAGUAUCUGAAGGCGCCACAGAAUGUGUAGUAGUUACCGAUGUCUCAUCUGAACGUCAGAGGUGGCGCCACGUAUCUUCGGGAAGCAGUGGGGAUUCGUCCAAUGCAGGGGAUGCACUUGUUGUGUCUCGGUCUUUAGCAAGUGUAAUCUCUAAUGUACACCCAGCAUCCGGAGGCCAAAGACAUAGGUUAUUUAGCGGUGGUACGGAUAUCGAUGAGACGCUUGUUGAUUCAGAGACGGAGUAUAGUGUUGUUGAAGAUAGCGACAGCAGUAGGGAACAGAGUCCGUUUUGUGGUAUUUCUGAGAUUAUACUGACGCAUUCUUCAGGUAGUAGAACUGUUUCAUCUGGAGAACAUAGAUGCUCGCCGGUUGGGAGACAAGACUUACAACAGCAGCAAGAAGCCGAAGAUGAAGGAGAUAUAAUUUACGUAGCAGAAAGUCGACAGAAUAUAGAAGACGUAAAACGGCAACCACCAAAGUUCAAGCGACGUCUUCACGAGCGUUAUGUUUCUAGUCUCAAAGACGUCGCUCUAGGGCGUACAGAUAAAGACACUACAGAAACAACCCUUAUAACACCGUUAUCCCAUAGCUGCACUGUCGACGUUAAGCCUGUUCUCAAGCUAGAAAGCAUUACUUAUGAACAUGAUUUUCCCGAGAGCCCCGUGCCAAAGAGCCCUAGAAGGUCGCUAGAUGAAGGGUAUAGAAAAGACUCCUAUGACUUUAGUGCUGAUGAAGGUGAUGUCUUUAUGGAGUCAGUCACAUCGUUAAACACCAGAGUCAGGCGAGGAAGUUCCCAGAAACCUCUAGACCUGUCUAGAAGUACGUUCGGAAUGUCACCCUUUGGAACGUAUCGGUCCCCGUGCUUGUCGGAGUCGGACCCAACUACCAGUUCUCCUAGUUCCAGGUCUCAUUAUUCGCCUCUCUUUCGUUCAACCCAUCGCCUCAGUUAUUCCCCUCACGGUCUCAACUCCCCUAAGUCACAGUCUCCCCUAUGUUCAGUCCCAGAAGGAGGAAGAAUAUUCAGCUUUAAUCUUACGAGUCCUUACGAGGCAGCAGGAGCCCACUCAGACACUGACAUUAUUUCUCCUAGUCCCAUGUCGCCCCGUUUCUUCACAUUCCCAUCGAUUGCCCAGCCCCACUCUGCCACGCCAUUGCUAAACCCACUAUCAGAAGUCAACAGGCUAGCAGUAUCACCCAGGGCUCUGUACCCAACAUCCCCAGUUCAGUUCUCUUUGCGGACCAAAACUGUUGCCCACAUCAAGUGGGAGAACGUCUCCAAAAGGUCCUUCUCCGACUCGGACGUAGCCUACCAGUGUCUAAUCUGCGGACAGGUGUUUCCUUCCAACGACAAUUUAGCCAAACACAUGGCCAAGCAUUUGCCUACCGAAACCAUACGCUCCGCCGACAAUAACAAAAUCCACUACUGCAAAGUAUGCGACCGAUCAUUCUCUCGAUCGGAUAUGCUAACCCGACACAUGCGCCUGCACACGGGUCUCAAACCGUACGAGUGUUUAGACUGCGGCCAGGUGUUUAGUCGGUCAGAUCAUCUGAAUACACACAAGCGAACACACACGGGUGAGAAGCCCUACAGAUGUCCGCAGUGCCCUUACGCUGCCUGUCGGAGAGACAUGAUCACUCGUCAUAUGCGUACGCACGUCAAACGUACUUCUAAACGAGGUCGGUAUCUAUCAGUAACCGACGCCAGCGAUGAUAUUCGCAAGAGCUCCACGUCCAGCGCGGAAACGACCGAAUCACACGAACAUUCCGGAGGACGGACAUGCUCAUCGAUGUCUAGCACUGACAGCUUAGAUCUGGAUAUAGACCAUCGACGUGUUAUCAAAGACAGUGUGGAAUCUCUGCUCUCCGUGGAUGACCCGAGCACACAUCCACGAACCUCAACUAGCAGCAAGGAUUCAGAAGACCCUGAUGAUUACACAACCGCCUUUUCGCCGGUUCAGUGGACACAAGUCGCCAAAUUCAGCCAGAGCCAAUCUUCUCCAUACCAGGAUAAAUGGCACUUGUUAACGAAGCAGCAGAUCAGCACCAGAACCUGCGCAGACAAGGAAGCUGCUUCCGAACAACGACACAGGGUUGAAAGUUCUAGUGUACUUCACAGAGGUUAUGCAUAUCCUGGAGAUGCAGGACACAGUCAGUUUCCUCAUCGCCAACGCCAGGAUGAGUCACAGUCGACUUCGUACUCACAGUUCAAGGGCAGCAGUUGA